AAGUGGCAUGACAAGCUAAUUUCACAAUUAGCUUACCAUUGAAGUUGCUCUAAUUGCCCUUUUAUUACAUAACAAAGAGGACGAAAAUUAAUUUCGCCUUUUUAUUUCAAAGCAAAGAGGGCGAAUUUAGUUUUUAUCCUCUAAUAUAAUAGAGCAAAGUGGGCGAAAUUUUAAUUUGCCCUCGUUGAACUAAAAUAAUACGCCCAAAGACAAAAGUAAUACGCCUCACUCAGUCAUCUCUUCCCUUCAUAUCCCGUCAAAAAAAAAAAAAAAAAUCUCUAACACAAAAACGCUCACUCAGUCUCUCUCCUCUCAAAAAUGAUGAACCCUAAACCCCCAAAUUGAUUUCGAAUUCUUCCCUCUAAUUCACCCCCAAAAAUGUAUGAACCCUAAAUCGCUCCCAUUCUUCGCUCCAAAUUCUUCGCUCUAAUUUUUCGCUCUAAUUCUUCGCUACGUUCAGAUUCUUUGCUCUGAUUCAUUGCUUGAAGUCAGUCAGAUUGCAAGUCAGAUUUCGCUCCAAAUCAUUGCUCGAAGUCGGUCAGAUUACAAGUCAGAUUUCGCUUCAAAUUAUUGCUCGAAGUCGGUCAGAUUACAAGUCAGAUUUCGCUCCAAAUCAUUGCUCGAAGUCGGUCAGAUUGCAAGUCGUUCAGCCCUUACACUCUUACAGGUACGAGUAUAAAACGUAGACCGAAUUGUCUUUACUUCUCUCUCAGUUUCGGACCAUUGAAGCGCCUUUUUACAUUUCUAUCCUCCAUUGAAUCAACUUUUGAGGGCGUAGAAUGAAGCAGUCACAAGAUCCUUUCGAAGCAGCAUUUGUAGAGCAGGAAUCACCACCUGAGUCUCCUGCUGCAGUCAAUGAUACUGAAACCCAAAUAGACGCUGCUGCGACUGUCAACGAUGCUGAUCAACCCGAGGAUGAGGUGGGAUUGGAACUUGUAGCUCAUCCUAAUGUCGCAUCAACUUCAGCUGCUCCACUAGCUUCUGGGGUCACUCAACCCAAUAACAAGAACAAAGAUGAAGAUGAUGAUGAGGAGGAAGACAACAUGGAUGUUGAGCUCGGGAAGCUCUCAUCUAGUGGUGACCCUGAUAAAAUGGCCAAAAUGCAGACCAUCUUAUCUCGAUUUACAGAGGAGCAAAUGAGCAGAUAUGAAUCUUUUCGGAGGUCUGGUUUCCAGAGAUCCAACAUGAAAAGGUUGCUAGUAAGUAUUACAGGCAGUCAGAAGAUCUCUGUACAUAUGUCCAUUGUUGCAUCCGGAAUUGCAAAAAUGUUUGUUGGGGAGCUUGUUGAGACAGCUAAAAUAGUGAUGUCUGAAAGAAAGGAUUCUGGCCCCAUUAGGCCAUGCCACAUACGAGAAUCAUAUAGAAGGCUGAAGAUGGAAGGCAAAGUACCUAAAAGAUCAGUUCCAAGGCUCUUCCGUUAAGGUGUUUAUUACCCUAGGGCAACUCUGCAAAUCCUCUUGUUAAUAUUCCUUCAUCUAUUUGUCAUUAGGAUCUUUUCUGUAGUUGAAAUUUUGUAGAUUUUUAGAUUUGUGACAAGGUUGAAGAACCUCAAAUUUCUGUUCUCUGAAAGCAAUUCAUUGAAAUGUUAUGAUUAAGUUUUUAUAACUAUGUACACGGUAUAUUAUUGUAUCAGUAGUACAGACUGCAGUCUGCACGGUGCAUUUCAGUUGAUUGGUGCACCAAUUGUGUUAAGGGCUUAAGGCAAUUUACAUAAUAAAAAGAGAUCUAUAUUUCAGUCCA